CUUCUUUCCAAAAAUGCAUGCGACUAACGAGAUUCCGAACGCGUUCCGCCAGGAAGGGACUCAGGCUCCAAGUCGGGCAGUUACCAUCGACGGCAACUCAUUGCAGCUUGCCGAAGUGAUACGUGUUGCUGAACACAAGUCCCCGGUCACACUUACGGAUGAUCCCAAUAUCAUCGAGGCAAUUAAUCAGUCAGUCAAACUUUUGAACGACAAAAUCAGCCAAGGAGAUACAGUGUAUGGUGUCAACACUGGCUACGGAGGCAGCGCAGAUGUACGCUGUCAACCGGACGAAACAAAGAAGGUCCAACAAGCUCUCCUACAGCUUCUCAAUUGCGGCGUAUUGCCUCUCGAUAUCUCAUCCCAGUAUAGCGAAGGCGCCCAUACGCCUUCACUAAAGCAAGAGUGGGUACGGGCAGCUAUGCUCAUACGGGCAAAUACGGUAGCCCGAGGUCAUAGCUGCGUGCGCAUGUCAACCAUCAACGCUCUUCUUGCACUGCUCAAUCGCGACAUCAUCCCAGUAAUUCCCACUCGUGGAAGCAUCUCAGCAUCUGGAGAUUUGUCACCGCUUUCUUAUAUAGCGGGAGUGCUAGAAGGGAAUCCCGAAAUCUACUGCUGGGCAGGCUCUGGAAUAGACAGACGCGUCGUGCCCGCCAACGAGGCUUUGGCAGAUGCGGACAUUAAACCAAUUGUAUUCGAGCCCAAGGAAGCACUGGGGUUGGUAAAUGGCACUGCCAUAUCCGCGGCUGCUGCAAGCACGACUCUAAACCAUAUGAGCGAAAUCAUAACACUGAGUCAGUUGUUGACUGCAAUGAACGUAGAAGCAGUCCUGGGAACCGCAACAUCUUUUGCACCGUUCAUUUCCCAAAUUAGACCUCACCCUGGCCAGGCGCAAGUUGCCUCGACCAUCCUCAACGCACUUUCAGGAUCGAAACUCGCUACCGGCCUACUAGACACCCAUUCUCACGACUUAUUCCAAGAUCGCUACUCCUUGCGAACAGUCCCACAAUGGCUCGGCCCAUUUGUCGAAGAUAUCGCUCUCGCAGAUUCCCAGCUCAAGAUAGAGCUUAACUCAACCACCGACAACCCAAUCAUGGAUCCAGCAACCGGCACCGUCUACCACGGCGGCAACUUUCAAGCUAUGUCGGUGACUUUGACCAUGGAAAAGAGCCGCGCCGCCGCUCAGGCUAUCGGCCGCAUGCUCUUUAAUCAGUUUACAGAAAUGAUAAACCCGGCUACAAAUCGCGGUCUUCCGCCUAACCUCUGUGCCGACGAUCCUUCAACAAGUUUCACCAUGAAAGGCGUUGAUAUUAGUAUGGCAGCUUAUCUUUCUGAGCUGUCGUUUCUAGGAAAUCCGGUACACAACCAUGUUGUGAGUGCGGAGAUGGGAAACCAGUCUUUGAACUCACUAGCGUUGGUGAGCGCGCGGUAUGCGGAUUCUGCGGUCGAUUUAUUGAGGCUUAUGUGUGCGUGUACGCUGUAUGGGACGUGCCAGGCGCUGGAUCUUCGUGCUAUGAACUUGAUUUUCGAAGAACAGUUGCAGGCUUAUCUUAAGCAGCGACUCGAUGCUUUCCUAACGGAGCUAGAAGUUCAUGGAAGCACCACCCUUUCGACGAAAGUCAACCCAAAGAUCUGGGAAACUGUGAAAAGGGAGCUGUCAAAAUUAACCACUUUGGAUGCCGAUGAUCGAUUCGGGAAAGCAUUAUCCGGAACCAAGACGCUUCUGCUCGACUUUCUCGAGGAAUCUGGGAUCAGUACGGAUAAUCUUUUAUCACGCACAACGCAAUGGGUCCGCGACACCACUACUGGCACCACUUUGUUAUACAGUACCGUUCGCAGCGAGUAUAUCAAGUCCGGAAACGCGAGCAAGUUUCUUGGACGCGCUUCCAAGCUCUUGUACACGUUUGUCCGGGAGGAUCUAAAUGUGCCUAUGCAUAGAGGGAUCAUAGAUCAUCCGACGCCAGCUUCUUGGGAUGUUGUUGGUGAGGGUGCUGCAGAUGAUGAUGAACAGUGGAGACGGAAAACAGUUGGACAUUGGAUUAGUGUUAUCCAUGAGGCUAUUAAGAGUGGACGUAUCAUGCAUGUUGUGGGAAAGUGUAGGGCUGAAGGUGGAUCGGCAGAGGUGUCUUUGCUGCAUCAGGAGAAAAAUGGUAUUGCAUAA